ACUAUGCCCAGGGAGAGCCACUGGUGAGCGUCUGCCCCACGAAGAGGUUACUCCAUGAGAGACUGUAGGAACUGGAUGGAUAUAUUUUGGAAAGCAUGGACCCUUUAGCACAUAUAGUUCUCUAUGGAUUCAGCCUGGUGAUUUUAGGUAAAGUGGAAGCAGCACUGGACCUUAUCCUGAUCAAUUCAUUCCCUCUGGUGGGCAACUCUGAGACAUCACUUAUCUGUAUCACUUCCAAAUGGCGUUCCCGUGAGUCUAUCACAAUAGAUCGAGACCAGGAGGAUGUGACAAACCAGCACAGGGAGCCACUGGAAGUCAAUGAAGAUUUAAAGAGAGCAGCAGCCAAAACAGUGGUGUGGAAGAGGGAACAGGCCAGUGAAACAAUUGGAGCUUAUUACUGUGAAGGGAAGCUCAAGGAUGAGGUGACAAGGAUACACACUAUGAAGAUGCCUCUGGGAGCCUCAUUCCACCCAGUGGCAUUAACUGUUACAGCAAAUAAAGGAGAGCAUGUGAAUAUUUCAUUCAUCCGAAUGGCAGCAAAAGAGGAAGAUGCAGUGAUCUACAAGAAUGGUUCCUUCAUCCACUCUGUACCCAGGCAUGAAGUGCCAGGGGAGCUGGAAGUCUCCUAUGCUCAAGUUCAACCACAGGAUGCAGGAGUUUACUCUGCGAGAUACAUAGGAGGAAACCUCUUUACUUCUGCUUACACAAGGCUGAUUGUAAGACGAUGUGAAGCUCAGAAAUGGGGUCCUUCCUGUAGUUCCCACUGCCCUUCCUGCAUGAACAAUGGCAUUUGUCAUGAAGAUACUGGGGAAUGUAUCUGUCCUCCAGGUUUCAUGGGAAAAACAUGUGAGAAAGCUUGUGGAUCCAAUACAUUUGGCAAAACAUGUGAAGAGAGCUGUAAAGAAAGCUAUGGCUGCAGAAACUAUAUGUUCUGUCUACCAGAUCCUUAUGGUUGUUCUUGUGCCACAGGAUGGAUGGGACUGGAAUGUGACAAAGAAUGCAAACCUGGUUUUUAUGGGUCGGAUUGCAAACUCAAAUGUAAUUGUCACAAUCGAGGGACAUGUGACAGAUUUAAAGGCUGCAUCUGCUCCCUUGGAUGGCAUGGUCUGCAAUGUGAAAAAGAAGGUUCAUCAGAUCUGUCACCUCAGAUAGAAAACUUACUAGAUCCUGUAGAACUCAAUUCUGGCGUCGAGUUCAAGCCUUUUUGUAUAGCAACUGGGAUGCCACUUCCUAAAUCUGAUGAAUUUAAACUUUUUAAGCAAGAUGGAACUGUCCUAAGGCCUGCCCUAAUUGUUACCAGUAAUCGCUCUGAAGCCAUGUUCACAAUUAAUCGAAUCCAGCCCCGUGAUACAGGAACCUGGGUCUGCAGCGUGCAGACAGUAGCGGGAAUGGCCGAGAAACCAUUUCAAGUUACAGUCAAAGUUCCACCUGUGCCACAGUAUGCCCCAAGGCUGACAGACAGUGGACAUAAUUUUCUCAUAAUUGAUAUCAAUGCUGAGUUACAUCUUGGAGAUGGACCUGUUGUGUCAACAAAACUCCUGUACAAGCCAGCAAAACGUUAUCAGUCCUGGAUGUCUGUGGAAGUAAAAGGAACAACCAAAAGACUGGACAAUCUGGAACCAAAAACAGAAUAUCAGUUCUGUGUUCAGCUAAGUCGGCAAGGGGAAGGUGGAGAAGGACAUCCUGGACCACAGGCUAGCUUCACAACAGCCGCGCUUGGUCUUCCUCCACCAGAAGGUCUCACUCUCUUUCCAAAAAGUAUGACAUCACUGAAUUUAUCAUGGCAUCCUUUAACACUGAGGACAGAAGAUGAUAUUCGUGUUGAAGUGGAAAGGAAAAGCGUGAAUGACAAUGGUGAUGAGAGCAGUGUUAUUACUCAAGUGCCAGGAAAUAUGUCCACCCUGAUUAUUAAAGAUCUUGAGCCUAGACAGCAAUACAUGUGCAGGGUACGAGUGAACACCAGGUCCCAAGGAGAAUGGAGCAACUAUCUCUAUGCAUGGACUUUCAGUGACAGAAUCCCUCCUGCACCAUACAACAUCAGGUUUUCUAACACCACUGACACAUCCUCAGUUAUAUCAUGGACAACUGCUGAGGGUCAUUCCAUCUCCUCCAUCAUCAUCAGCUACAAAAUUUAUGGCAAGGCUGAGUACAACCACAUCGAUAUUAUCAUAAAGAACACCAGCAUUACUCAAUACCAUCUGAAGGGCCUUGAGCCAAAUACUGUGUACCAGGUUCAGAUUAAUGCUCAGAACAAUAUUGGCUUGAGCAAUCCAAACACAUCGUUUGAACUGAAGACUCUUCCAGAAACUAAAGCUCCACAUGAAUCAAAAGGAGGAAGAAUGCUGCUUAUUGCUAUACUUGGCUCUGCAGGGAUGACCUGUGUAACAAUUCUCCUGGCCUUUCUCAUCAUGCUGCAGUUAAAGAGAGCCAACUUCCAGCGCCGAAUGGCUCAGGCUUUCCAAAAUGUGGUGAGAGAAGAACCAGCCGUACAGUUCAACUCAGGUACUCUCACUCUGAGCAGGAAAGCAAAAAACAGCCCAGAUCCCACCAUUUAUCCAGUUCUUGAGUGGAAUGACAUAAAAUUUCAAGAUGUGAUUGGGGAAGGGAACUUCGGGCAAGUCCUGAAAGCACGCAUUAAGAAAGAUGGCUUGCGCAUGGAUGCAGCAAUCAAAAGGAUGAAAGAGUAUGCCUCAAAAGAUGAUCACAGAGACUUUGCUGGAGAACUCGAAGUUCUUUGUAAACUGGGUCAUCAUCCAAAUAUCAUAAAUCUUUUGGGAGCAUGUGAACAUCGGGGAUAUCUUUAUCUUGCUAUUGAGUAUGCCCCCCAUGGAAAUUUACUGGACUUCCUUCGGAAAAGCAGAGUGCUGGAGACAGACCCAGCAUUUGCUAUUGCAAACAGUACUGCAUCUACACUUUCCUCUCAGCAACUUCUACAUUUUGCAGCAGAUGUUGCUAGAGGGAUGGACUACCUGAGCCAGAAGCAGUUUAUUCACCGAGAUUUGGCAGCAAGGAACAUCUUGGUUGGAGAAAAUUAUGUUGCAAAAAUAGCUGAUUUUGGUUUAUCAAGAGGUCAAGAAGUUUACGUCAAGAAGACAAUGGGACGGCUUCCAGUACGAUGGAUGGCAAUUGAGUCUUUGAAUUACAGUGUUUACACCACAAACAGUGAUGUAUGGUCAUACGGUGUCCUAUUAUGGGAAAUUGUUAGCUUAGGUGGAACACCAUAUUGUGGAAUGACAUGUGCAGAACUCUAUGAAAAACUGCCUCAAGGGUACAGACUGGAAAAGCCUCUCAACUGUGAUGAUGAAGUGUACGACCUUAUGAGACAGUGCUGGAGAGAGAAGCCAUAUGAAAGACCAUCAUUUGCUCAGAUACUGGUGUCACUGAAUAGGAUGUUAGAAGAAAGGAAGACCUACGUGAACACUACCCUAUAUGAGAAGUUUACUUACGCAGGCAUUGAUUGCUCCGCUGAAGAAGCUGCUUAAGACAGGAGAAAUCUUUAAUCAACGAGGAUGUAUUGAUGAAAAACAAAACUCAGUCUCCUGAAGCCCAAAAUGUGAUGUGCUGUGUAGAACUGUGUAUAGCUCUAACUGUAUAUAAUACAGUAAUACUGUUUUACUACAGAUACGUAUGUGUAUCUCACACAGUAACCUUUGCUUCCACAGGAUGUAGAAGUGUAUAUACUGUUCAGAGUAGAAAUUGACUGAAGUCAUAAAAUAAGCUGUUUCAUAUGCAGGGUUUUCUUUUUUUCUAGUUGUGCAGAUACAGUAUAUACAUAUAUAUUGUAAUCCAUUAGGUAUUGCAAUCUUAGAUAUUUUUUACACUUUCCAAGAGCUAAUAAUGGCAAAGUGGGUAUCUCCUAGCAGUAUUCCAUAGAAAUUUCAUUGUGAUUAAAAAAAAACAAACCUAACUUCAAUCUGACAAUGGAAGCUGCAAGCAGAUGUCAAUCCACUAUGUUCACAAAAGAUGUUUUCUAAGUAAGACUCUGAUUUGAAUGCAAAGCUAACUAGUAGAAAUAAUCUGUUCAAAAAUUCUACUGAUUCCUGUAAGAUAUAAGCAUGUUACUGCUCUUCCAUUGUCCAGUUUUACAGUCGGUGUUUUCCUGUAUGCAAAAUAUGCAUAUAUUUUGAAGUGUGUAAUGCUAUUGGAGGCAGCCAUACAACAAUGGCAAUCCUAUGCUUUACCAUAUGGGGAUUAAGGAUUACUACAUACUGUAAAACACAUUUUUACAAUUAGCCUGGAUGUACA